AUGAGCUUGCACCCAAGGAAUCUUGGGCGAAGUAUGCUGCUUCGUACCACGCCGGUACGAUGCUGGAGCGGUGUCUAUGCGCUUGAGAGGGCUAUUUAUUUAAUAUGUGCCGGAGGAAUAUUUCUCGGAAAAAGUCGAGGCACGCAUGUGGAGAGAAGGGAAAAUCAUCGGAGAGAAACCAUAGGUUCCACCCCUGACAUAAGAGGUACCAGAAAAUUGUAUUUGGUGUAUAUCAUCAUUGGCAAAAAGGAACAUCGGGGGGGGGGGGGGGGAUUUAACAAGAUGCAACGUACCAAUUCAAGAAUUCAAGCCAAUUUGUUAGCUGGUAGCUUCCUGAUUUUCAGUGUUAAUGAUAAUGGCGAGCACGUUUUUGCGCCCUGGAUGGCGGAAUAUGGGGCGGGGUUGAUUUCAACACGGACGAUCCAACAUCUGCAUAAGUUGCAAAGAGAGUGA